AUGCCAUUCGGUCCCCGCGAAGAGCGGUUCCAUAACAAUGACCGCGCACCGGAUCAGAGAAACCCCUUCCAAAGAGACCGCGACCGGAUAAUCUACACUUCAGCUUUCCGCCGUCUGGCUUGGGUUACCCAAGUUGUCUCCGCCGCAGAAGGCGAACCUUUCCACAAUCCUCUAACCCACACAUUAGAAGUUGCCCAGAUAGGCAAGCGUCUGGCUGAAAAGCUUGUCGAGGAGCAACCUGAAGAAGCCCAUGAAUUAGGCGGAGUCGAACCAGAGGUGGUUGAAGCUGCCGGAUUGGCACAUGACUUGGGCCACCCGCCAUUCGGACAUGCCGCAGAAAGAGAAUUGGACGGCUUGGUGCAAGGGUUACAACUCCCCGAUGGCUUUGAAGGCAAUCCGCAGUCAUUUCGAGUAGUUACGAAACUUGCUGUAAGGAGCGCAGAGACUCCCGGCCUUAACCUGAGCCGCGCGACGCUCAAUGCUAUCCUAAAAUAUCCUUGGUUCAGACACGCUACUCCUCCUAACCGUCACCGCAAAUAG